AAACAAAUAACAUGUUUUUUUAAUGAUUAUUAUUCGUUUUGCACUGUGAAUGAAGUUUGUCCUGAAUGGGAAAGAAGUGCAAAUAAUCAACUCUUGCGUCAUCACAGCAGCGCCCAAUUGCAUGGUGCACGCCUCCUGGGUGCAAAAUAUAAACGCUGCUCUCUACUCUGUCCUCCCUACACCGGACCGCGUCCUCUGAUAUGCGAGGCAACUGUUCUCAGUUAUCGACUAGUUUCAAGAACAAGCUCAUUUGGAGAUUCUUGCAUGCGCAAAAGGGGCGAGACAUGGAUUUCAACUUAACGCACCGCGGUGGCCUGGCGCAGAUCUUUUUCUGGAAUCAUUCCGUCUUCUACAAUAGCACCGCCGACCUUGAUCCGGAGGAGAGGGAGGACUUGGAAGUGAACACGGACGUUUAUUCCAAAGUGAUCGUGACCAUCAUCUACCUGCUUCUGUUCGCCGUGGGCUCGUUGGGCAACUCCAUCACUUUGUACACCCUCCUGAGCAAAAAGAGUCUGCAGAACUUGCAGAGCACCGUCCACUACCACCUGGCCAGCCUGGCCGUGUCCGACCUGCUCAUCCUCGUGCUCUCCAUGCCCAUCGAGCUGUACAACUUCAUCUGGUUCCACCACCCGUGGGUGUUCGGGGACGCGGUGUGCCGAGGCUACUACUACCUGCGCGACAGCUGCUCGUACGCCACGGCGUUCAACAUCGCCUCGCUGAGCGUGGAGCGCUACAUGGCCAUCUGCCACCCGUUCAAAGCCAAGAGCAUCAUGUCCCGUAGCCGCACCAAGAAGCUGAUCAGCGGCAUGUGGAUCGCCUCCUUCGCGCUGUCCACGCCGAUGCUUUUCAUCAUGGGCCAGGAGACGCGCCAGGACGAGAACAUCUGCACCGCCACCGUGGCCCCCGUCACCAUGAAGACGGUGCUCCAGGUGAAUGCCUUCUUGUCCUUUGUGGUGCCCAUGGUGGCCAUUUCGGCAUUGAACGGCGUCAUCGCCAAUCAUCUGUUGCGAAUGUUCCAUGAGGCCGAACAAGACAACCGUGUCUGCAUCGUUGGCGGCAAUCCCACCAUGCUCAACGUCUCGGUGGAGCCCAAUCGAGCUCAGUCACUUCGCCAUGGGGUUCUUGUUCUUCGAGCGGUGGUCAUAGCCUUCGUCGUCUGCUGGCUGCCUUAUCACGCCCGCCGCCUCAUGUUCUGCUACGUUUCCGACUGGUCCGACCUGUACGACUUCUACCACUACUUCUACAUGCUGACCAACGUCCUCUUCUACGUCAGCUCGGCCAUCAACCCCGUCCUCUACAACUUAGUUUCAGCCCCCUUCCGCCAGAUCUUCUUCUCCACGCUGCGGCACUUGUGCAUGCCAUGCCAUCACUCCCCCAGGAGACGCCCCGGCCCUCUGACUCGACAUUCUCUCAGCAUCUCCAGCAACCACACCCUCUCCACCAACAUCAUAAAGGAGACAGCCUACUGAUUCCAUUUGAGUGCGUUGAAAAACAAAAGCUGAAACACCACCACCACCACCAUUUGCCAUUUUAUGAUUAUGUGCAUAGAUUUGGAGACGAUCCAGAACUUGGACCCUCAGUGACAAAAAUUGUGACAUAAACAUCUGAUUGCGUGUGUGUUGCUAACAAUUGAACAAGAACUUCAGCAAUGAUAGUUAUGCUCAUAUAAUAGCAGCUGGUCCCCGUUAUAUACAAGAAGUCAAUCAAGUCAAGUCAAGUCCACAGUAUUUAUAGAGCACUUUCAAACAGCCAUCGCUGCGUACAAAGUGCUGUACAUGGAGCAAUUUAACAUGCACAAUAAACAGUAAGACAAAUCGGUAAUAAAGGCGGUAGAAAGCACCAAACAGUAAAACCAAGAACAAAUCUAAGUCAUGCCGAGUCAAACGCCAAAGAAUACAAGUGAGUUUUGAGGAGGGCUUUGAAGAUGGGCAGCGAAGAGGCUUGCCGAAUGUUCAGUGGGAGGUCAUUCCAGAGAGAGGGACCAGCA